CUACCCGCGCCGCUAUUGGCUCCUCAGCAUGUCAAUCACCGGGUCCCAGACACCAAUUCUUGGCCAGGACUCCGUGAUUGUUGGCGGAGCUGACGGGAGAGGUCUGUAUGUAAACAACACAGAUCUCUCUCCUGUCAGCACCAACAGGCUGCUUUGUAUUGCUCUGCACAGCACAGCAGAGCAAUUCAAAGCAGCUUGUCUCCCUAGUAAAGCACACAGUUAGCCCUUUGAUCGUCCCAGAUGUUAACCUCUUCCUGCCCAGUGUCAUUAGUACAGUGUCUGUGCUUUUUAUUAGCACUGAUCACUGUAUUAGUGUCAUUGGGAUGUCAGUGGCAGUUAG